CCCGGUGCGACGAACGCGACAACAACCUGCUAAUAUUAACCAUUAAAACUCCGCCCCGCCUCCCCCAGCACGAAGAGCCGAUGGACCUCUGAGGUCGCGCAUUCGAACACAUCACCGACCGCGGCAGGGCCACACUCUCGCUUAUUUCGUUCCGUCGGCGUGAACUGGAGUUUUGUCGCCGUGAACCAUGCUGGACCCGUCUUCCAGCGAAGACACCGACGGGGAGUCCGACCCAGAAGUUGUGCGGGAGGAUCCGAGGAAACCGUCCGCCUCCACAGCGGGGAGACGGGGGAACAACAGCAGCCGGACGGGCGGUCAGCAGCGACAGUCCCCUGCACCUGGAAGCGCCCCCGGCAAAGGUGCAAAAGACAGCAUCUCUGCACGUGAAGAUGAGGAGAGGAAGGAACAGGAACGGAUCAAGAGGGAGGAAGAGGAGAGGAAAAUUAAACUGCAGAUCUAUGUGUUCGUCCUGCGGUGCAUAGCCUACCCGUUCAACGCCAAACAGCCAACUGACAUGGCCCGACGGCAGCAAAAGGUGAACAAGCAGCAGCUGCAGGCAGUGAAGGAGCGCUUCCUGGCCUUCCUCAACGGGGAGACUCAGAUUGUUGCGGAUGAAGCUUUCUGCAACGCCGUGAGGAGCUACUGUGAGGGCUUCUUGAAGAGCGAGCGUGUUUCCCGGAUGCUUCAAACCGGCGGCUGCUCUGCCAACGACUUCCGCGAGGUCUUCAAGAAGAACAUUGAGCGGCGCAUUCGCAGCCUCCCGGAGAUUGACGGCUUGAGCAAAGAGACUGUACUGAGCUCCUGGAUUGCCAAGUAUGAUGCCAUCUACAGGGGAGACGAGGACAUGCGGCGUCAGACACAACGGGCCCACCUGAGUGCCGUGUCAGAGCUCAUCCUCAGUAAGGAGCAGCUGUAUGAAAUGUUCCAGCAGAUACUCGGCAUCCGAAAGUUCGAGCACCAGCUGCUAUAUAACGCCUGCCAGCUGGACAACGUAGAUGAGCAGGCAGCUCAGAUCCGCAGAGAGCUGGACGGCAGGUUACAACUCGCUGAGAAGAUUGCCAGGGAGAAGAGAUACCCAAAGUUUGUCUCUGCUGACAUGGAGGCUCUGUACGUGGAGGAGCUGCGUUCGUCAGUCAACCUGCUGAUGGCAAACCUUGAAAGUCUGCCAGUGUCCAAAGGUGGUCCAGAUUUCAAACAGAAGCUCAAACGCUCCUCUUUAAACAACUCCUUCCUGGACAUCGGAGACGAGGGGGACAUCCUGUCCAAAUCUGAUGUUGUGCUAUCCUUCACUCUGGAGAUUGUGAUCGUAGAGGUCCAGGGUCUGAAGUCUGUCGCUCCAAACCGCAUUGUUUACUGCACCAUGGAGGUGGAGGGAGGAGAGAAGCUGCAGACAGACCAAGCUGAAGCUGCCAGACCUCAGUGGGGGACUCAGGGGGACUUCACCACAACUCACCCCCUGCCCUCGGUCAAAAUAAAGAUGUUCACAGAGAGCACGGGGGUCCUGGCUCUGGAGGACAAGGAGCUGGGCCGGGUGGUCCUGAACCCAACCACCAAUGGACCAAAGCAGGCCGAGCUACACCGGAUGGUCGUCCCCAAGAACAGUCAUGACACUGAGCUGAAGAUCAAGCUGGCCGUCCGCAUGGACAAGCCGCCCAACAUGAAGCACAGCGGGUACCUGUAUGCUCUGGGACAGAGAGUCUGGAAACGCUGGAAAAAGAGAUAUUUUGUUCUCGUUCAGGUGAGUCAGUACACGUUCGCCAUGUGCAGCUACAGAGAGAAGAAAGCCGAGCCUCAGGAGCUGAUGCAGCUGGAGGGCUACACAGUGGACUACUGCGACCCUCAGCCAGGUCUGCAGGGAGGCAGGGUGUUUUUUAACGCGGUGAAGGAGGGUGACCUGGUGAUGUUUGCCUGUGACGAUGAGCCGGACCGGGUGCUGUGGGUCCAGGCCAUGUACCGGGCCACGGGACAGUCCUACAAACCAGUGCCACCGCUGCACAACAAGACCACAAACUGCAGAGGAGGAAUUCAGAAAGCAGCGUCCCCCAUCAGUCUGGAUCCGUCUCAGCGGCAGGGAGUGGAGGAGUUGAUCUCUGCAGCUCCGUGUCGCUUCGACCACGCCGCCCUGUUCACCAUUUUACAGAAACACACUCUGCAGCAUCGCAUGAGUGACUCCUUCUCCUGCCUGGGAUGGUUCAGUCCCGGUCAGGUGUUCGUCCUGGAUGAGUAUUGCGCACGGUACGGUGUCCGAGGCUGCCACCGUCACCUCAGCUACCUGAAGGGUCUGAUGGAUUAUUCCGAAAACAAUGCACUGGUGGACCCCACGCUACUGCACUACAGCUACGCCUUCUGCGUGUCCCACGUCCACGGAAACAGGCCGGAUGGGAUGGGUACGGUGGCCGUGGAUGAGAAGGAGCAGUUUGAGGCCAUCAGAUGUCGCCUGAUGCUUCUGCUGGAGAACCAGAUCACACAUUUUAGGUAUUGCUUUCCCUUUGGACGACCAGAUGGGGCCCUAAAGGCAACACUCUCUCUGCAGGAACGGGUUUUGAUGAAGGACAUCGCCACGCCUGUCCCUCCGGAGGACAUGAAGAAACUCAUGCAGAGGUGCCUGGAAAAAGCAGCUCGUAUCAACUACAGUCAACUGAUGGAAUACGCUCAGAUCAAGGUGGAUGCUGAGGCAGCUCCAGAGAAAAGAUUGGAGGACAUGAUGAGACUGGGGGAGCUCUGCAUCGAAGUCCUGCAGCAGAACGACGAGCAUCACUCCGAGGCUUUCUCGUGGUGGCCGGAGCUGAUGGCUGAACACGCUGAAACAUUUCUGUCGUUGUACAGAGCCGACAUGGACGGCGCUCUUCAGGUGCAGCCUGUCGACUCCUGGGACAGCUUCCCGUUAUUCCAGCUCCUUAACAACUUCCUGCGAACUGACCCUCACCUGUGUAACAGGACGUUCCACAAACACCUGCAGGAUCUGUUUGUCCCCCUGGUGGUGCGCUACAUCGACCUGAUGGAGUCGUCCAUUGCCCAGUCCAUCCACCGCGGCUUCGAACAGGAGACCUGGCAGUCUGUCAAGUCAUUAACGAACAAUCUAGCAAGUGUUCCUCUCCCCAAAGUCCCAAGCCUUCCGCUAACGCUGCCGCAGAUGCCCAGUUUCUCAGCUCCUGCCUGGAUGGGACCAUUGUGUGAGAACACUAACGGCGCAGCUACCUCUGAGGAUUUGUUCUGGAAGUUGGAUGCUCUGCAGAUGUUCGUGCUGGACCUCCACUGGCCAGAGCCCGAGUUUGCCGAACAUCUUGAGCAGAGACUCAAACUGAUGGCCAGCGACAUGAUGGAGGCCUGCGUCAAGAGAACAAAAUCAGCAUUUGAUGCCAAAAUGCAAAAAGCGAGUAAGUCGACAGACUUCCGGGUGCAGAUGUCGGUGUGCACCAUGUUCAAUGUACUGAUGGAUGCCAAGAAGCAGUGCUCCAAACUCUGCGUGCUGGACACCGGUCAGGAAAUUGACAAACAAUGGCAACAGUACCACUCCAAAAUCGAUGUUCUGAUUGACGAGGCGUUCAAAGACAUGAUUUCCUCCCUCGUCUCAAAGUUUGCCAGUGUUUUAGACGGCGUCCUCUCCAAGCUCUCCAGAUACGACGAAGGGACAUUCUUCUCGUCAAUCCUCUCUUUCACAAAACAAGGGAUGGAUCUGGCUGACACCUACAUCACCUUUGUGAGGCAGAACCAGGAUGUCCUCCGAGAUCGCGUCAAUGACGAGCUCUACAUCGAGGAGGUGUUCAUUCAAUGGUAUACUGGUUCCAUGAAGGCGGUGUGUGUUUGGUUGACUGACAGACUGGACCUGCAGCUCCACAUGUACCAGCUGAAAACACUCAUCAAGAUUGUGAAGAAGACUUACCGUGACUUCAGGCUGCAGGGCGUCCUGGAUAGCACACUUAACAACAAGAGCUACGAGACCAUCUACAACCGACUGACAGUGGAGGAAGCCACAGCAGCGGUCAAGGCAGGCGAUGGCCUGCAGGGUAUCAGCAUGAGAGACAGCGAUGAGGAGGACGACUAAAUACACACACACAUACACACACAGUCACGUUCCCUUCUCACACCCUGUUGCUACUUGAUCGUUACUCUCUAACAAAUCAGGACCUUCUAUCACAGUUAAUAAUACAUGUCCUCCACUUCACUUAACAGUUCCCGUGAAAAACUAAAACGGAGAGUGAAGCUGAAACUACAGUCAACUAGUGUCAUUUAAUACUAAUCCAUCUGAAGUUAACAAGCGUGCUAUGUUAUAGUACGACUUCAGUCUACUUAUUGAAUGAAAACUAAAACUGAUACUAAAGACAACAAAUAUUUAAAGAAAUAACUUUUUUUUAAAACCGAUAUUAAUGGCUGCUCAGCAAAACCAUUAUUAGCCCCUGGUACAGGUUAUGCUAUUGUUAGCUAGCAUGCGUUCUUUGUUAAUGCAUCUUCUACAGUGAACUCAUCAGUCUUGCUAGAUGAACACUAAAACAGAAACAAAGUUUCACAAACACUGUAAAAUAACACUGCAACGUCUAAACAAAUCAAAAACCACGUGAUGCAUUGUUAACAGCAGUGACUGCUCAUUAGGUAGCAUGCCAACAAUCUUUAGCUCACUCAUCAUCUACAGAUUUUCUUCACUCCAAUCCUUAGAAAAUAUAAGCCCAAAAUCUGGAGAAGAGACAGGAAUGGCUCCACAUCUGGGCAAUAAUAACUAUGCCAUUAUCAACAAUAGGGCAAUUUAAGCCAACAUUAGCUAUUAAAGCCAUGUGGUUAAUGCAUAAGUAAUAAUUGGAAGACCCAGACAUUGUCGACAAAUAUAAUUUUAAAACAUUACAAAAAAAGAACAUAAGCUGGCUGCCAAAACAACCACACAACAAGAGUAGUUAGGCUAAUGUUAGCUCAUGAGUCUUUGUGCUUCAAUUUUUUAACUUAAGUCUGAUCAGUUGAGGAGGAACGCUCAGGUAGUGACCCCCUUUACCCAACCUGUCACAUGCUCAUCACCCAGACACUGUUGUACAUGUGUUCAAAUGUACACAUGCAUGAGUUAGAAUAUACAACACAAAAGUAAGUCAAGGUGAGGCAUCUGAAAGACGCUCUGGAUGGCACUGAGACAAACCUUGUCCCCCCACCAUCACCUGCCAGACAGCAUUCCUUAAUGUGCAGCCAUACUCUGAUUGAUGUCACUUUAUAGAGUAAAGCUUAGCAAUCACCAGUUUUGUUUUUAUUCACAGUUAUUGUAGCUUAUUUUUUUAAAACUGUAAAGAGUUGUCAGCUCUGAAACCCCAGAGUCCAAGCAACUACAAAAACAGACAGAUUUAUUUUUAAUUUGACAGGAAUUGUAAGGUUCUAUCUGUUUUGGUCAAGCCACUGUCAUUUUCAUUUUCCUUUUCUUAACAAGCAAGCCAUCUUGGUUGUACAAAUAUGACUGUUGUUUCUGAAGUAGCAUGACAUUUUACAGCACCUCUAUAUUUGAGUUUGUUGUGGAUUGUUGGGUCAACAAAGCAUCAGAGUGCUAUUAUCAUCCUUGACUGUUUAAAACAAAUGUUGAUAAUUCAAUGUUAGUUUUUUUUCAACCAUGAUCACAAUUGUUCGAUAACCUUGAAAAAGUAGCAUAAAUUGACUAAAUUUAACAGAUCAGAAAACCAUUAUAGAUCAUUUGAUUUGUUGGUGAUUUAGUUUUUCUGUGAAUCUUACCUUGGCAUUGUCCUGAGGGUGCAGCUAGACGAAAGGUCAAGGAAUCAUAAAAAGAGAACGUUCAAUUUAUCAAAGAAUUUGGCCUGAAAAUGUCAUAGAAAUUCGCUCAUUAGAUGUGAUUUGAUUAGAUUAGAUUAGAUAUGUUUAGGUGAGAAGGUUCACCUGAAAGCAGUGAUGAUGAAAGACAGUCAGGAGGUCAUUAAGACUUAUCUUCUGGGGAUUACUCGGGACCAAUCACCAUAUUUGGGCCACAGCAGUACGCCUCUGUUCCCCCAUGAUCCUCUUUAAUGAAUAAUGGACUAAUCUAUGGCACACCAGAACCAAAGUUUUUGUGCUAGUGUGUCUUGUAGCGUUGCAGAAAGUAAGGUCAAGGUGAUAAAUGGAUUGUUUCUUUAUUUAACAUUUAUAUUUAAAUCCAACAAUGGAUCUUAGCUUUUGCUAACCUUCACCCUGGACUAUCUCUAAAAUUAGGCUAGUGUUUUAGUUGCCUAAUCCUACCCUUAUAAAUACACCGGAGAGCAAAGAGCAAGUGAAACAAUUAAACAGAUUGGGCAUAAACCAACAGUUUAUCAAGUAUAUCUAAACCAUUGUCAGUGAAGGCAGUUGGUAAAAGUCUAAGCAGAAUAUGGCUCUAUGAAAUCUGUUGUAUAUCUACAUUGGGCAGUUUGUCUAAUUCUACCGUUAGAUAUUUCAGGUAUUUUUUGUUCAACUGGGGAGAUUUAUUUCCAACUGGCAUGAUUGUUUGAUUGCAGAUGUUUCUUUACCAGUUGGACAUUAACCAUAUUGUAGUUGCCAAGAGUUGACAUUGUCAACUCACUUUUAAUAUUCAAAAACUUUGAGAUUGACCGAAUCAAGGAUUUUGCUCAAUUAUUAUGUUUAAUAUGUUUUUGUCUGGCAGUAGGGCAGUUUAGCUUUCAGGUACAAGAAUAAAUCAAACAGUAUUUAACAGCUGAAUGUUUGCUGUUCAGUGUCUUAGAUCUGCAGAAGAAUUGUUACAUCUCCAAGCUCAUGAAAUGUUGCUGCACUGCAAGAGUUUCUGAAUCUGAAGCUUAUGUAGCUCGAAAUGUCCCCACUGCUAAAUUAAGACUGGUGGCCUCAGGUGGUAAAAGCUGCAAAAAAAAAUCUAAGGCUCUGGGUUCAGUGAAAGAGUAAAUAAAUCAACACAAACAAACACAGAGUCUGCUACAUGAAGGUCUUCAAAUGUGUUGGAACUGAAAGUGAAAUAAUUGUACAGAAAUAUCACUACAUGUUGAUGUAGUUUUAGGUCUGCUGUCAUCUCGGUUCAUUGUGAUAUUUGCUGUUUGUGAAGAAUUCUAUUGAGUUGUAGAGUGGUAUGGUCAUACUGCCUAUGUACGUCAUAUCCGAUGUCGAUCAAAGUCUUAGAAACGUGCUAAUGAACUAAAAAAGUCAGAAGUUUUUUUAACAGGAUCAUCUCGGGAGAAUAUGGAUUUGUUCGUUUUUAGUUUUUUUUUAUCUGGUUACUGUCUCCUGAUCUGUUGUGAGCUGGACAAAGUAUCUUGUCUCUAUGCCGUCCGUCUGUUUGCGUGUUGUGUCAGUAUAGGCCUCAGAUCAACUGUGUGCAGCAACCAGACGUUUGUUUAAGCUGUCGGAUCCCGUGUGUGUCAGUGCAGUUCAGAAGGACAAAAAAUAAAGGACAAAAAUCUAUUAGAAGUAUAUUUAUAUUGUCUUAUUGUGCACCUGUUUUGUUCAGGUGUCUUAUCUAAGUGUCACUAUUAAAAGUGUUUUUAAAGCA